AUGGCAGGGGUCUGGAAGGCACUAGUGCUGAUGGUAGGCUUGGCAGCGGUGGCCUGUGUGGCCCAGCGCAGUCUGAGCUAUGAGGAGAUUGUCACCCUGACCUUGCAGUUCUUCAAUCAGGGGCGACAAGGACAGCCCCUCUUCGGCCUGCUGGAAGCCAUCCCACCACCUACCUCGAACUUCACCACGGUGAUCCCGCUCAACUUCAGGAUUAAAGAGAGGGUGUGCCUUUCAGACGGGAGGAGACAGCCCCAAGACUGUGCCUUCAGGGAGGGCGGGGAGGAGCGAACCUGCACCGGCAGCUUCUUAAUGCGGAGGCGUAUCCGCAUCGUGACGGUCAACUGCGUCCCGGACCGUGAGCGCUAGCCGGAGGCCCCCCGGGUGAGGCGUUCUGCUGUGUCCUCUGAGGCAGCCACUGAGGAGAUUGACAGCUCCAAGCUGCUGCCUGUGGUCAGGGACAUGUACGAGAAAGCCAAGUAUGACAUCAUCAGCAACAUCCUGAGUAAUUUCUAGGGCUGGAGAAGGGAGAGGAGGCCCUGCAUCCCCACUACGACCUCCUCUUCCCACCCAUCCACUCCCUCUGCUGCCCUCAGCACCCCGUCUCCUUCACAGCCUGAGCCCAUCCACACGCCUUUGCCUUUGCACACCUGUUUCCAUCUGCCUGGAAUUCCUGCCCAUCCUGUGUCUGUAAAUCCUAUUCAUCCUUCAAGAUAUAGCUCCAAAGUCACCUCCUCCAGGAAGCCUCCCAGCCCCCCCGCCACCCCAGGCAGAAGUGUCUUUCCCUCAUCUGUGCAUUCACAAUCCUCAAACCAUGCUGGCAUUCCCUCCUGUGCCCCUGACCAGAUAGCUCUGUGUCUACUCACAGCUGGGCCCUCCUGAGCCAGCUGCAGGUGGAUGUGGAAUGAGUUUCUCAACGAGAUGCUCCUGGAAUCCUGGGAGGACACUUGGUUUUGUGCAGGACCCUGAGCACCCCUGCUCCCUGCCCAGUCACUGUGACAACUAAAUGUCCCUUCAUAUAUCCCAGCAUCUCCAAACAGGUCAGUCCACCCUCUGGUGAGAACCACAGGAAAGAGGCUCAA